CUUACAAUCAUAUUGUAGCAUAGAUCAUUAUGGCUAUGGCUACUGAACACUCUCAUAUGUUAGGGAUUCUUGUCUUGCUCAUAAGCUUGUUGGCCCUUACUAAGCCAUCAAUGGCAGAUGAUGAUAUCCCAAUGAACUUUAGCCGUAGCUAUUUUCCGGACGGCUUCGUUUUCGGGGUAUCUACAUCCGCUUAUCAGAUUGAAGGUGAAGCAAACGAAAAGGGCAGAGGACCUAGUGUAUGGGACGUAUUUACACAUGAAUCUCCAGAGAGGAUAUUGGAUGGCAGCAAUGGAGAUGCAGGGGUUGAUUUCUAUAAUACCUUCAAAGCAGAUAUUAAAAGAAUGAAGCUAAAUGGUAUAGAUGCUUACAGAUUCUCCAUUUCAUGGUCCAGAAUAAUACCUAGUGGAAGGAUAUCAGAAGGAGUGAAUGAGGAAGGAAUUGGAUAUUACAACAAUAUUAUAAAUGAUACUAUAGCAAAUGGCCUCGAACCUUUUGUAACCAUUUUUCACUGGGAUACCCCUCAAGCUCUAGAGGAUAAGUAUGGUGGCUUUUUAAGUUCUGAUAUUGUGGAUGAUUUUCGUGACUAUGCGGAUUUUCUCUUUGAAAAAUUUGGUGAUCGAGUUAAGUAUUGGAUGACUUUAAAUGAACCCUGGGCUGUUACCGGACUCGCAUAUGAUGAAGGCAUCCAUGCCCCUGGUCGUUGCUCCUUUUGGGUGAAUCGUCAAUGCUCUGCUGGAAACUCAGCCACUGAACCUUACAUAGUUGCCCAUCAUUUGCUCCUUUCUCAUGCUGCAACUGUACAAACAUAUAGAGAAAAAUACCAAAAAAUACAAAAGGGCAAGAUCGGGAUAACACUAUUUACUUUUUGGUAUGAACCUAUCUCCAAUAAAACAGUUGAUAAAGAAGCAGCCAAAACAGCCCUUGAUUUCAUGUUUGGAUUGUUUAUGGAUCCUAUAACCUAUGGUCAGUAUCCAAGGAGGGUGCAAACUUUAGUUGGAGAUAGAUUGCCAACAUUUACGGAUGUGGAAUCUCAAUUACUUAGAGGAUCAUAUGAUUUUGUUGGGUUACAAUACUAUACUUCAUAUUAUGCGAAAGCAAAUGCUACUAUUGAUCCAAAUCAUAUUAGAUACAAAACUGACAGCCAAGUUACUCAAACUGCUUAUGAUGAUGAUGGUCAACCCAUUGGUCCUCAGGCUUAUUCUCCAUGGUUGUAUAUCUAUCCAAAAGGUAUCCGACAUAUUUUGAAUUACACGAAAGAUACAUACAAUAAUCCGGUAAUUUACAUCACUGAGAAUGGAGUUGAUGAGUAUAAUAACAAAAGCAAAACCUGGGAACAAGGGACUAACGAUCAACACAGGAUAGACUAUCUUAAAGCCCACAUGUGGAAUGUGCUUGGAUCCAUCAAGGAUUACAAUGUUAAUGUCAAAGGUUACUUUGCUUUGUCAUUUUUGGACAAAUUCGAAUGGAAUAUGGGCUACAGUUCAAGGUUUGGUUUGCAUUAUGUAGACUACAAAAAUAACAUGACAAGACACCCCAAGAAUUCAGCUACUUGGUUCUGCUUGUUCCUGAAAAAUUGGCCAAUGGGAAGUCGAUGUCCAGUGAAUUCAUACAAUAUCGCAUAUAAUUAAAGAUGCCUCUGCUCAGUUCCAGUCACCUUGCGUUGUAAUAAAAUUUGUGGUGAUCCCAUGUAAUUUCCCUGUGGGAAUUCCAUGCCCUGUUGGUUUUCAAUGUGAUAAUAAUAAGUUAUGCAUUGCACAAUGUACUUGUAUUGUGUCUUUAUGAAAUCAAUAAUAUAUAUUGAUUCUCUUGGUAUGCA